AUGGCUGCACGGUUUCUCGUUCUCAUCGCGGUCGUCGUCUCGCUCUGCGCCACCGUGGUUGUAGCUGUUGUUGGCGACGGGCGGCCGUUGAAGAUGUCGUGCGCCGGCAACUACAGCGCCGGCAGCCAGUACCACAAGAAUCUCGAUGAGCUCCUCGCCGCCAUACCCACGGCGGCCGCCCAUAACCACGGUUUCUACAACGGCACGGUCGGCGCCGCGCCCGACGAGGUCUUUGGCCUCGUCAUGUGCUACGGUGAACUCACCCUGGACGCCGGCCCGUGCCGGAAGUGCCUCGCCAGGGCUCCCGCGGGGAUCAUGCAGCUGUGCCCGGGAAGCCGGACGGCGCGCGCGGUAUUCGACGAGUGCGUCGUCCUCUACUCGGACGUCUCCUUCUUCUCCGUCGCCGGCGACCUCACCGCCGCGUCGUUCAACGUGCGCCACGACGUAGGAUGGAGGUCCACGUCCACCCAGGGGUUUGCACCGUACGAUCCGCCCUACGUGGUCGACGCGGCCGCCAUGAACCGCACGAGGUCGGAGCUGAUCGCGUCGUUGUCCGUCACCGCCGCCAACUCGCCGCUUCGGCUGGCGAGCAACGAUACUCGGUACGGUGGCUCUCCGUCCAUGUACGGUCGAAGUAUGUACGGGGCCGUGCAGUGCAGGAGGGACCUGCCGGCGAGCGAGUGCACGCGCUGCCUCUCCGGCUACGCUGCACGGCUGCCGCGGCUGUUCCCCAACAACAGCCGCGGCGCCAUUAAGGGCUACAGCUGCAUCCUCGAGUACGACAUCGUCAGCUACGAGGUGCCGUGGAUGGAGUUGCCAUCGGAGACGACGAGGAGAGAUUUUCAGCGAGAGCGAGCUCUACAAGAUCAGGUUCUCUCGUCCAGGAGAAGGAAGCGCCAGAGCCGGCUAGUAGCUGCCGUCAUCGGUGCGUCUGCCGGUGGCGUGUUCGUCCUCCUCUGCCUGAGUCUCUCAGCUUGGUACCUUCUGUACCGGCGGCGGACGGCGGCGACCGCGAAAAGAUCCGAGCUAGAACAGCCACUGAAUGAGGCGACCCACUUCCGCGGGAGAAAUCUAGAGGAGGAGCUCGAGCAAGGCACCGGGCCGCGACGGUUUUCCUACGGCGAGCUCGCCGCCGCCACGGACGACUUUGCCGAGGGCAACAAGCUCGGAGAAGGAGCCUUCGGGUCCGUGUACCGGGGGGUCUUGACCACCAUGAGCGAGAGCGACCUUCCCGUCGCGGUGAAGAAGGUGUCCAAGAGCUCUCGUCAGGGCUGGAAAGAGUUCGUCUCCGAGGUCACCGUCAUCAGCCGGCUCCGCCACCGCAACCUCGUGCAGCUCAUCGGGUGGUGCCACGACCACGGCGACGAGCUCCUCCUCACAUACGAGCUCAUGCCCAACGGCAGCCUGGACGAUCACAUCUACAGUGUGGAGAACGUCAUGCCAUGGCCGGCCAGGUACGAGGUCGUGCUCGGCGUCGCCGCGGCGCUGCUGUACCUGCACGAGGAGACGACCGAGCAGUGCGUUCUCCACCGCGACAUCAAGCCCAGCAACGUGAUGCUGGACGCCUCGUUCGAGGCCAAGCUCGGCGACUUCGGGCUCGCCAGGCUCGUCGGCGACGGCCGCCGGUCGCGAACCACCGGCGCCGCCGGCACGCUGGGUUACAUGGACCCAGGGUGCGUGUCCAACUUCACGGCGAGCGUCGAGUCCGACGUGUACAGCUUCGGCGUCCUGCUGCUCGAGGUCGCGUGCGGCAGGCGGCCAGCCGUGCCCACCAACGGCGACGGCGGCGGCGUCGUCCACCUGGCCCAGUGGGUCUGGGAGAGGCACGGCGGAGGCGCGAUCCUCGAGGCAGCGGACGCGCGGCUGGAUGGCGAGUUCGACGGCGCGGAGAUGGAGCGCGUGCUGGGCGUCGGGCUCUGGUGCGCGCACCCCGACCGCGCGCUGCGGCCGUCGAUGAGGCAGGCCGUCAGCGCCCUACGGUUCCAGGCGCCGGUGCCGGCUCUGCCGGCGAGGAUCCCCGUCGCGACCUACACGACACCACGGGCGGCAGCUGAUUCUGCAGACGGCAGCAGCGGCGGCGGCGGCGGCGGUGGCGGCGACGACUAUAGCAGGACGUGUUCCACCAUCUCGAUCGAAACUUGA